UGCACAAAAUAGCGUCUCCUGUUUCACGACAUGCUUAGCAUCAUCAAACCCUUGUACCAGUUGUGCUCGGCCAUUUAAUUUGAAACGUGCUUUCAACAUAAAGGAUUUUCUAUGAGAAAAAAAGAGUUUCAGGCUUUCUAAUCUUUUUCAUUUAACACGAAAAGGAAAAUCUUGUUGCAAUGGAUGGUCUGCCAGAUCAAUUAGUUUGGGAGAUUUUGGGCAGCAUUGAGAAAACCAUUGACAGAAACUCUGCCUCUUUGGCUUGUAAGCGCCUUCAUGAACUGGAUAAUGAACAGAGCAAAUCUCUGCGGAUUGGUUGUGGGUUAGACCCGGCCAAUGAAGCCUUAACUCGUCUCUGCAACAGGUUUCCCAACUUGACUAAAGUAGAAAUAAUUUACUCCGGUUGGAUGUCUAGAUUAGGGAAACAAUUGGAGGAUGAAGGAAUUCUCAUUCUUUCCAACAACUGCCCUUCUUUGACCAACCUCACCUUAAGUUACUGCACAUUCAUCACUGAUGUAGGUCUUAGCUACUUGGCUUGUUGCUCCAAUCUUUCAGCCUUGAAGUUGAAUUUUACCCCGAGAAUCACUGGUUUUGGCAUAUUAUCUGUUGUUGUGGGCUGCAAAAACCUCACUACUCUCCACCUUAUCCGAUGCCUCAAUAUUAGCAGUGUUGAGUGGCUAGAAUAUCUUGGCAAGCUUGAAAUGGUUGAAGAUCUCUCCAUUAGGAAUUGUAGGGCAAUUGGAGAAGGGGACCUAAUUAAGCUUGGAUCGAGUUGGCGUAAAAUAAAACGGUUGAAUUUUGAGGUCGAUGCUAAUUACCGUUAUAUGAAAGUUUACGAUCGGUUGACUGUAGAUCGAUGGCAAAAACAGUGUGUCCCAUGUGAAAGUAUGCGAGAGCUUAGCUUGGUAAAUUGCAUCAUCAGCCCCGGGAAAGGGCUUGCUUGUGUGUUGGGGAAGUGCAAGAACUUGGAGAGGGUUCAAUUGGACCUUUGUGUGGGGUUGAGAGAUUGUGACAUAAUUGUCUUGGCCCAAAACUCAAGUAAUCUUCGGUCCCUUUCCCUCCGAGUCCCUUCAGAUUUAUCACUUCCGCUGUUAAUUAACAAUCCGUUAAGAUUAACGGACAAGAGUUUAAAGGCAGUGGCUCAGAACUGCCCGCGGCUUGUGUCAGUCAUGUUAUCGUUUUCGGAUGGGGAGUUUCUGUCCAUCUCCUCAUUUACUUUAAAUGGAAUAUUGACUUUGUUACAGAAGUGCCCAAUUCAGGAACUUGCUCUUGAUCAUGUGUAUUCUUUUAAUGAUGCCGGGAUGGAAGCUCUUUGCUCGGUUCAAUAUCUUCACACUCUAGAGCUGGUGAGAUGCCAAGAAAUUAGUGAUGAGGGACUGCAGCUUGUGAGCCAGUUCCCUCAGUUGUGCGUUUUACGGCUUAACAGGUGUUUGGGAGUCACCGAUGAUGGGUUAAAGCCACUUGUGGGGUCAGAAAAAUUGGAAGUUUUAGCUGUGGAAGAUUGUCCACAAAUAUCUGAAAGGGGUGUUCAAGGAGCUGCAAAAUCAGUAACUUACAAACAAGACUUGUCAUGGAUGUACUGACUUUUCAGGUAAAGUUGUUUCCUAAAUAUGCUGUAUGGUUUAUGCCAUUGCCAAUGUGUGUGUGUGUGUUGGAGAUAUAUAUAUAUAUAUUGUGAAUCUUUGUAAGUAUGUCUGUUGAUUUUUGACCUUCUAUUUAUUUACUUUUAGUCGUUAACCAUUUA